AUGGCAACAAAAGGACAUCUUUCUAAGCCAGUUUUGUGGCUUGUCCUCUGCAUUCAGCUCUCCCUGGGUGUUGAUGAAAUGAGGCUGGCAAAUGGAACUGGCCCCUGCUCUGGGAGAGUGGAGAUAAAACAUGAGGAGCAGUGGGGAACAGUGUGUGAUGGUGACUGGACCAUAAAAGAUGCUGGGGUUGUUUGUAAGCAACUACGAUGUGGAUAUGCUGUUCAGGCUCUAAAUGAAGCUGACUUUGGACAAGGAUCUGGACCAACAUGGUUGUAUCAAGUUGUUUGCAGUGGGAACGAAUCCACGCUCUGGAACUGCUCACACCCUGGAUGGGGUGUUUAUUCCUGCCCACAUGCCUAUGAUACUGGAGUGAUCUGCUCAGGUUUCACUGAGCUGCGUUUGACUGGAAGGGACACUGCCUGCUCAGGACAUCUAAGAGUAAAGCAAGAAACUUGGGUUACAGUCUGUUUUUCACACAUUGAUUUCAACACUGCCUCUGUUGUAUGUAAUGAGUUGGAGUGUGGAGAGGCUGUGGAUAUCUCGAGAGGAAAUCACUCUGAAGACAAACCUGAACUGAUCUGGCAAGAAAAGUUUCAGUGUGUAGGGAAUGAGACUCACCUUGCACACUGUCCCAGGACAAUGCUCCAUACUAACACAUGUUCUCAUGAUGCCACUGUUGUAUGUUCAGGCUAUGGUGGGUACAGGUUGGCAAAUGGCAGUACCACAUGUUCAGGGAGAGUAGAGCUUCUUCAUGGAGGCACGUGGAGAACCCUGUGUGACUACCUGUGGGAUUUACCAGCUGCCAAUGACCUCUGCCAGCAGCUGGACUGUGGGGUUGCCCUACAGAUACCAGACGGACAGUUCUUCGGGAAAGGAAAUGGAUCUGUCUGGAAUGGGACAUUCAGCUGCAAGAAGAAUGCCAAACAUCUGAGAGACUGUUCUGUGAGUGUGCUAGGUCGUGAUGAAUGCCCUGCUGGAAAGGAUGCUCGUGUAGUAUGUUCAGGGUGCCCAGGGGCCAGGUUGGUGAAUGGCACCACCUGCUCUGGCAGAGUGGAGAUCCGCCAUGGAGACACAUGGGGAAGUCUAUGCCGAUCCCAGUGGAAUUUGAAAGCUGCCAACGUUCUCUGUCAUCAGCUGAACUGUGGCUAUGCAAAGUCAAUCCAGACAGGAGAGGAUUUUGUGGGCAUGGAUGGGCCUAUAUGGAGAGAUGCUUUUCACUGUGAUGGGACAGAGUCCUGCCUGUGGGACUGUGCUCAAGUGAUUUUGGGAAAUCCAAGCUGUUCAGCCAGAGAAACAGCCACUGUUAUUUGCUCAGGUCUUGCUGAAUCACUCAGACUCUCAGGUGGUGAGAGCCGCUGUGAUGGACGAGUUGAAAUCUUACUUCAUGGCAUAUGGAGCAGGGUCCUGGAUGAUGACUGGGACAUUAAGGACGCUCAUGUGGUAUGCAGACAACUAGAGUGUGGAACUGCCCAGAAAGCCUAUUACCUUCCAAGGUCUAAGCGAGGCAUCGGUGUUGUUGGCUUUAGAAGUGUCCAGUGUGCUGGAAAUGAGACUCAGCUGAUGCUCUGUAAGACCUCCCGUUCUCACACAGUGCCAUCGGGAGUUGCUGAAGAUGUUGGUGUGGUUUGCUCAGGUAGCAGACAGAUCAGGCUGGUGAAUGCAACAAAGCGUUGUGCUGGGAGAGUAGAGCUUUAUCAUGAUGGCACCUGGGGCACCAUCUGUGAUGAUAACUGGGACCUAUCGGAUGCUAAUGUUGUUUGCAAGCAGCUGGGAUGUGGACAUGCCAUCAAGGCAUUUGACUCUGCUCAUUAUGGAGAAGGCUCAGGACAGAUCUGGUUGGAUGAUGUAAACUGCACUGGGGCUGAAUCUGAUCUCUGGGCAUGUCCUGCUAGGGCAUUGGGCCAGCACAACUGCCAACACAAGGAGGAUGCUGGAGUCCUGUGCUCAGAGUUCCUGGCUCUGAGGCUGGUGAAUGGCAAUGACUGUACUGGGAGGCUAGAAGUUUUCUACAACGGGACAUGGGGAAGCAUUUGUUCCAAUCAGAUGUCUCAACUCACUGCAGUAACUGUGUGCAAACACCUGAACUGUGGAGAUGGUGGGGAAAUUGCAAGAGACUUUGAAUACGGCAGAGGUUCUGGGCCCACAUGGCUGGACCACAUUGAGUGCACUGAGCAACAAAGCUCUCUCUGGCAAUGUCAGUCAGACCCCUGGAAUGCUCAGUCAUGUGAUAAUCGAGCAGAAGAGACCCAUAUAUCUUGCACUGGAAGAAAAGAGGCAACAUCUCCGACCACAUUUGCUGAAUGUCCAAACUCUACAAGCUGUUCAGACAGGGAGAAGUUACGACUCAUAGGAGGAGAGUAUGGAUGUUCAGGCAGAGUGGAGAUCUGGCACCAAGGUUCUUGGGGAACAGUGUGUGAUGAUUCCUGGGAUCUGGCAGAUGCCAAUGUUCUAUGCAGGCAGCUGGGCUGCGGAUCUGCUCUGUCUGCUCUGAGUGAAGCUGCCUUUGGGGAAGGGACUGGUCCCAUCUGGCUGGAGAAGGUGCACUGCAAAGGAACAGAACUAUCUCUUUGGGACUGUCCUGCCAAACCUUUGUUUGGCAAAAACUGUGAUCACAAGGAAGAUGCUGCUGUGGAGUGCUCCGGUGUAACAGAAACAACAGCAUCACCCACUAGAGCAGAUCCCCCCCGCCGCCCUGCAACAGGCAGCACGAGGCUUUCAACACCUAUCAUCCUCUGCAUCAUCCUGGGGACCCUUCUCUGCCUGGUCCUUGCCAUCCUUGCUCGACAGAUCCAACGUGCCAGGGCACAGCAGAAAGGCUCCAGACUAUCCUAUGACCCCUUCUCUGAAGCUGUCUAUGAAGAGAUCGACUAUAACAUGAUGAAUGAAAAGCAGGGCAUAACUGGCCUCUCAGGAAGACCUCUCCUUGUUAUUGUUAAUACCUGUACUUUUCCAGAGGUCCCUCCACUGCCUGAAAAUGCCCUGGAAGAUAAUUAUGAUGAUGCAACAGAAGCUCCUGAACCUAAGGAUGCUCCUUUUUCAGAGCAAAAUGAUAAGGAAAUCAUUGGGAUUCCUGAAGAAAGUGACAAAAACAAGGAUUCAUGGACAGGCCAGAGCCCUAAUGUGUCAGGAAACAGGACCUCUGCAGCUGACAGACAUUCAUCCCCUGCUCUUGAAGAUACAGGUUAUGAUGACAUUGAGGAGCUGUGA